AUGGAGAUGAACGGUGUCGGGAUCAUGGGUUGUGAUAAACUUUGGAGGAAAUUGGUUGACAAGGGGAGUGGAAUCAAGAAGGAAUUACAACUACCAUCUACGGUACAUCAAAUAAACCUGCCCUGUCCUGUCGAGCGAGACUCAAGAGUCAAAAGACGUAUGCCGACACAAUCGGUCAAUCUGAAAUCGAGUCCUGUUGCUCUUGCAAAGUUGAGAGCCGUCAUCCAAUCAAUGGCUGCCAUCGAUGACAAUCCAUUACUAUCGCAAUCUAUUAAGUUUUAA